AUGAAACCACUUUCAGACGCUGCCAAUGUUUCAUCGGAAACCCACCAUUAUCCAUCUCUAGAUGUUUAUACGGCAAUGAAUGACGGCCCUUUCCAUCAUCUGCACGAUUCGCAUGCUGCUUAUCGGUCUCUAGUUUCACGGCUGGAGCCUAAAUGUGGCUCGCUCAAUGCUUACGCUGGUCGAGUGGCAUUUUACCAUCUCCUUAGCCUGUCCUCUACGCGACAUUUGGCCUUUGGACUCGCAGCACUGUUUUCUUGUGACCGCGGAAUGGUAGCAAUUGGGAACCAUCAGCUGCUUGACAAGUACAGUUCAUCCUCUACUACUGUAGGUCUUACUCAUACAGAAAUAAAGGAUGAUUCACCUCACCACGUCAUCUUGUUACUUGAAAGGAGCGAGUUGGGUCAAGCGACGCUAUUGGAUUCUUCAGCAGCAACUUUGGCACAACUUAUUGUUUCCACUUUGCUAACACAUCUAUCUGGCAACGCGGAUCCUAUACACCUAGUUACACAAAACCUUCUUCUUUCCGGACUGACUGAUGCCCAAUACGCGGAACUGGAUCGAUGUAUUUGGGCCGAUCAGCCAGAGAUUCUUUUAACUCCUUUAACCGGCCUCUCUCCGGAGCAGGAAGCUCAAUUCAUGGCCUUUUAUGAAGCUGAAGAGCUUGCCGCUUCGCGCAAGGAACAAGUGAACAAUUUUCGCACGCUCAUGCUUAAAGACAUGCGUUCCGAUUUCGGCAAAACUCCAAAUUUUUGCAAUUUCUAUUUUAAUUUGGCCGACAAAGUUGCCCACGAGUUCGAUGCUGUCAUUAUAACCGUUCAUAUUUUUCGUGACACUGUUUACUCAUCCAAGUUUCAUCUGAAUGGCUAUAACCAUGCGGAUCCCAAACCACGGGCACUAGUUCGAGUUCAAUCGAUUACAUGGUGUAUGGGACUACUUGCUGGCAUGACGAAGGAUGUAGUUCCAUUGCCUCGGAUUCAUGCGUGGUACAAUGAACACGUCCGUCCCGCUUUUGAGCAAUUAACUGGCAAUACUGGUAUUUCUGAAUCAGAAGGCGAGAGCCCGGUAGAUCUUUUGGCCCGACGAGAUGCCGUGGACCUGCUGCACAAUGACAACACGUUGAGAGAUCUUCUAUUUACCCCCGAAUCACUAGAAUAUGCGUACGAUCCCUUCGCAGCCUUGUAUCAUGCGGCCAAGAAUGGCGAUGUUGAGCAAGCGAUACAAGCGAACAGACAUACACGCAUGCGACUCGCCGAUAGCGAAGCUUGCUCUCUCAUGUUAGCGGCCAUCCAGGGCAAGCAUCUGAAGAUGAUUGACUGGCUCAUGAAUGAGGAGACAUACUUUCGUGACAUGCCGGAGGCGAUCGUGUCUGCCGCACUUGUUGGCGAUGAUGUAUUAUUGGAGGUGAUGAAAUAUUCCACAGACCCUGCCUUAGAAGUUGCAUUUUGUCAGGCUGGGGCUCGCAGGGACCAACCCGAACAAGCUGUAUCACGUCUGCUGGGGUACCUUGGGGCUCAUCGUCGCCAAAGCCUCUCAAUCUACUUCUACGCGAUGGAUACCGCUGCCGCCUACGAUGAUUGGCAACAUGUCGCAACUUUUCUUGAUAUUUUGGUGAAGCCGGAGAACAGCCGAGACUUGCGGGAUUUGGAUCAAAAAGUUAUAUCGUGCAUAAUCAAGAAGGCCAAAGAUCCGGACAUGCGCCGAAAACUGUGCAACCUACUAGAUUUCCACCAGAAUAGUGUGACCGUCUGCGAAGGAUCUGGGCGCCUUGGCCCAGCUGAAGUGUUUGAUGCCGAAGCAGUUGGCGCGCUCGAAGGCCUCGACGCUGCCGUCAAGAUAGCAGCUGGCGCGCUCGAAGGCCUCGGCGCUGCCGUCAAGAUCCCCGACGCAUCGGACAACCCGAUCGUGGUCUGCUUAGACAAUCUAGCUGCGGCUACGUGCCUCCGAGGUACAGCAUCGGAUUCGUCCCAAUCGGCCUUCCUCAAGUUCCAAGAGAUCGCCGCCGCACACGGCUCCAUCCACGUUCGCUGGAUACCGGGCCACACCGACAUCCCGGGCAACGAACAAGCCGACUCACUCGCGAAGGCAGGCUGUGCCCUCCCAGAACCUCCAGACGCCAAACCAACCCUCGCGUACAUCCGCAGAGUGGCCAAGAAACAAGCCAAGUAA